CGGCGCCGGCGCUGCAGGAAGGAGCUGCCGGCUCCCGCUGCGAGGGCCAGAGCGCGCUGCCCGGCACCAUGCCCCGUAUAGAUGCGGACCUCAAGCUGGACUUCAAGGAUGUCCUGCUCCGACCCAAACGAAGCAGCCUCAAGAGCCGAGCCGAGGUGGAUCUUGAGCGAACCUUCACAUUUCGAAACUCGAAGCAGACCUACUCGGGGAUUCCCAUCAUCGUGGCCAACAUGGACACCGUGGGGACGUUUGAGAUGGCCGUGGUGAUGUCACAGCACUCCAUGUUCACCGCAGUUCAUAAGCAUUACACCCUGGAUGACUGGAAGCUCUUUGCCGCUGAUCACCCAGAAUGCCUGCAGCAUGUAGCCGUGAGCUCGGGCAGUGGGAAGAAUGAUCUGGAGAAGAUGAGCAGCAUCCUGGAAGCCGUGCCGCAGGUUAAGUUUAUCUGCCUGGAUGUGGCCAAUGGGUACUCGGAACAUUUCGUGGAAUUCGUGAAGCUCGUCCGUGCCAGAUUUCCAGAACACACCAUCAUGGCAGGGAACGUGGUGACGGGAGAGAUGGUGGAAGAGCUUAUUCUUUCCGGAGCAGAUAUCAUCAAAGUGGGAGUCGGACCAGGUUCCGUAUGCACCACCCGCACCAAGACGGGGGUGGGUUACCCCCAGCUGAGCGCUGUGAUCGAGUGCGCAGACUCGGCCCACGGUCUGAAGGGGCACAUCAUCUCCGACGGAGGCUGCACGUGUCCAGGAGAUGUCGCCAAAGCCUUUGGAGCUGGAGCAGAUUUUGUCAUGCUGGGAGGGAUGUUUUCGGGCCACACUGAGUGUGCUGGAGAGGUGAUCGAGAGGAACGGGCAGAAGCUCAAGCUCUUCUACGGGAUGAGCUCCGAGACAGCGAUGAAGAAACACGCGGGCGGGGUCGCUGAGUACAGAGCCUCUGAGGGCAAGACUGUGGAAGUGCCUUACAAAGGGGACGUGGAGAACACUAUUCUGGAUAUUCUCGGGGGACUGAGGUCGACCUGCACCUACGUGGGGGCCGCCAAACUCAAAGAGCUCAGCAGGAGGGCGACGUUCAUCCGGGUGACCCAACAGCACAACACCGUGUUCAGCUAACCUUGAGCAUGAGGUGACAUCUGGCUGGUGGAAGCUUCCACGCACGCCUGCUUUCCCAUCUCCCUCCUUCUGUUACGGCAGAGUUUCCAGCUGCUCCAGGUGGUGGCAGGCUGCCUCCUCCUCCUCUCCUGCCACCUGGGGGCUGUGGGGCUCCCCCGGUGCCGAGAAGCCAGGCACGCAUUGGGUCAGCGGUCAGAGCUCAGCUGCCGGGAAGGCAUGCCUCACUGUUAAAACUAACACUCGCGCCUUUUUCUUUUCCUUUUUUCUUUUUCUUUUUUUUUUUUUUAAGAAAAUGGUUUCACUUUAAUAUAAGGCUCUUAAGAC